AUGUUACUCGUUUUCUCGACGAUUCUAUUAUUUUCGAUUGUGAGCUCGGCGGAGCUUGCCGACUAUCGCCUACGCCAACAAUUUCACGAGGAGUUCUGUAGGAAGCAUGCAUCGCUGGAAACGUGCCGGCGACCGUUCACGUUGAGCGAUUAUCGCGCCGAGUUGCGCCGGAAGGCCGAUGAAUCGUUUGAAGCGAGCCGUCGAAGCGACUGGGUCGAUGAUGAAAUGGAUGACAGCGAUUUCGAGUACUACAUGUGGCGGAAGCGACGACGUCAAAUGCUUCGACGACGUCAGGAAUGGUACGAGUCUUCGAAUAGCUACUAUCCGCGAUAUCACUAUCCAAGAUAUACCUAUAGUUAUCCAUCAUAUGGAAGUUACUAUCCAUCGUAUGGUGGAUAUGGUGGAUAUGGUGGCGGAUAUGGCGGAGGUCUUCUCGGCGGUUUAUUCAACAUCGGAUUCGGCAGAUCGAUUGGGGUUUCGACGCCGAUCGGCGGCUUCGGCUAUCACAGCGGCUUCGGAAUCGGCAUCGGCUAA